AGAGCGUUGCAGUUUGGUAAUAUUUACACUGAGAUCAGAGGACAGAAACCGGUUGCAGGUAGAGAUCAGAGUUUUUCCACCAUGGAGGCUGCUGGUGACCUCCUGAAUGUCUUCAACAUGGAGGCCAGCAGAAUGUCAGUGACAGUUGGACUGUUCCUCGUUUUUCUGUGUCUCCUUUACUGGUAUUCAGUCUAUCCGUUCUCAGUCCUCGCUCGGUGUGGAAUCAAACAUCCCAAACCAGUGCCUUUUUUUGGCAACAUAUUCUAUUUCCGUGAGGGUUUCUUCAGACCUCUCACUGAACUUAUAAAAGAACAUGGCAGAGUGUGUGGGUAUUAUUUGGGCCGCCGACCCGUGGUGGUGGUGGCCGACCCCGACAUGCUCAGAUCAGUGAUGGUCAGGGAAUUCAACAACUUCCCUAACAGAAUGCAAUUUCGAUUUGCCACCAAGCCCAUGACGGACUGCCUGCUCAUGCUGAGGAACGAACGGUGGAAAAGGGUCCGGAGUAUUUUGACCCCGUCCUUCAGUGCUGCCAAGAUGAAAGAAAUGGUUCCGCUCAUCAACACGGCUGCUGAUGCUCUGAUGAAGAACCUGAAGGUUCAUGCUGACUCAGGGAAAGCCUUUGACAUCCACAAGUGUUUUGGCUGUUUUACUAUGGAUGUUAUCGCCAGCGUGGCGUUUGGCACUCAGGUCGACUCUCAGAACAACCCAGACGAUCCGUUUGUCCGCCACGCUCAGCUGUUCUUCUCCUUCUCUUUCUUCAGGCCUCUCAUGUUGUUUUUCAUUGCUUUUCCCAACAUCAUGGCUCCCAUUGCCAGAUUUAUCCCAAACAAAAGGCGAGACCAGAUGAACGGCUUCUUCAUCAGCAUCAUUCAGAAGAUCAUCCAGCAGAGAGAAGAGCAGCCUCCCAGUCAGCGGCGUCGAGAUUUCCUCCAGCUGAUGCUGGACGCUCGAACCGGCAAAGAGAGCGUCUCUUUGGAGCACUUCGACACAGCGAACCCCUCGGAGGAGCUGGCAUCCUGCUCGGAUCAGGAAAACGGGUCGGCUCACCAGCAGGAGUCGCCCGCCAGGCGUCCGCUGAGGAAGAUGAUGACGGAGGACGAGGUGGUUGGCCAGGCCUUCGUCUUCCUCCUGGCGGGAUACGAGACCAGCAGCAACACGCUGGGCUUCACCUGCUACCUGCUGGCCAUCAACCCCGACUGCCAGCGCAGAGUUCAGGACGAGGUCGACGAAUUCUUCACCAGACAUGAUUCGCCGGAUUACUCAAACGUCCAGGAGCUGAAGUACCUGGACAUGGUCGUGUGUGAAGCUCUGCGGCUCUACCCGCCUGGCUUCAGGUUUGCUCGAGAAGUCGACCAUGACUGUGUGGUGAACGGCCAGAUUCUCCCCAAAGGAGCGACUCUGGAGAUCCCAGCAGGAUUCCUGCACUACGACCCGGAUCACUGGACCGAGCCGGACCGGUUCAUCCCCGAAAGGUUUACACCGGAAGCGAAGGCGAGUCGUCACCCCUUCGUCUACCUGCCGUUCGGUGCCGGGCCGCGGAACUGUGUGGGGAUGAGGCUGGCCCAGCUGGAGAUCCGGAUGGCUUUGGUCCAUUUGUUCCACAGGUUCAACGUCGAGGCCUGCUCCGAGACCAAGGUUCCUCUUGACCUGAAAUCCUCCAGCACUCUGGGACCCAAAGAUGGCAUUUAUGUGAAAAUAACUCACAGAAACAGAGGAGAAGCACAAAAAGACUCUCUGUCAGAUGAUUCGAAGCUCAGCUGUGAUCCUUCUGCACGGUAGAAAUGUGACAAAUAAUAACAGACUGACAUUUUACCUAUUACAUUUACAAUUGUGUCAGCAGUUUAUAAAACUUUAAGUUCAAUGGUUACUGAAUGUUUGCAAACCUGGGCUCAGAUGUAGCUGAUGUAAGUAAAAUGAACCUGUGUUCAACAACUCGUCACAUCUAAUCAACCUUCUGAUGGAUCCACAAUUGAAAGAUUCUGCUUUAGAAUUAAUUCUAGUAUUAAUUCCAUAAUUAUUUUAAAUAACAUGAAAUAUUAAAGUGGAGUCCUUUUAAAGGUGCCUUUAUAGAUGGUUUCAAGGUUUCUUGGUCCUGAAGAGGUAAAAGACAAUGAAACCUGCUGAGUUACUGACAACAAAUUCACAAAAGAAUCAGAUCUUAACCUUUAGGAACAUUAGCAAAUAUAUGAAACAAAGUUUUUUUCUGUUUUUUUUUUUAGCACUUUAUUGUAUUUUGUUGCAAAAUGUGCAUCUGAUGCAUUUAAUUUUUGUUUUUAAUAGAUACUGUGAUUUAAAAAUAUGUAUAUUAUUAUAGAUUUACAUAGAAUUUUUUCUGUUGAUCAGAAAUUGUGUAGGAUAAAUAAAUAUGAACUUUGAAGGUGAAAAUAGAAAUCAUGUUAAGUUGUCAAAUUUUGAAAGAAUGUUUAUACUGUUUCCUUAACUUUGUACAUUUACAAAGUUCUGCUUGCUAGCAAACACACUUCCUGCUCUCACUGAAAAACACGUGCAGAUCUCAAACAUGGCAGAUCAUAACGAUGAGUUACUGAUGACAUACAAGCUUUUCUUGAUGUAAGAAAUAUUUCAGAUCUACUUGUAAAUAAAUGUUGGAAUUGAAACCUUUGGUGACCUCUAUGUGAAGUUUAUCAUCUUAAAAGGAAAACAUUUGCACAAUAGGAGGGAUUUACUUUUGAUUCAUUAAAAUGUUCUUGGUAAACAACAAGAUUUACUGGAAAGAAAUUACUCCUUGCAGUAUUUGCAUCACUUUAUAAAUAAAAAGAUGAUUUACCUG